CUGGGCGCUGCUGCUGCCGGGAUGGAAACCAGGGAGGGCGCGGCGGCGGCGGCUCCUCUCGACGUCUUCGUUGAAGAGACAGCAGAAGAAGCCCGACGGCUCGUGGGCGAGGAGGGGCAGGAGAAGCUGGACCUGGUGUCGCUUUUAAGAGUAAGAGAACAAAUAAAGCAACAACUUUUGGAAUAUAAUGCAACAGUUAAUGCAAAUGAAGAAAUCAUUACGGAUCAAGUUAUUGAUGAAAAGGCCGUUGUGAGUACAAUAGAAGACUUGGAAGGGGAAUUGGAAGAAGUGAAGCUAUCACACAGACACAAAACUUUGGCAUUACAAAGGUUGCAAGUAAAUGAUGCACUUAGAGCCAAGCUGAAGAACAAUGAUGACAACUCAAAGUUGAUCGGGGAGACUAUAAAACACAUUAUGAUGCUUAGUACUGCGGUAAUUAAAUUAAAGCAGCAGUCACGUGAACUGGAAGAAAAAUUGAAUGAAGUUAAGCAGAGAAGACAAUCACUAAAGCAAGCUAUGGAUUGCAAACUGGCAGAUAUACAUAAUAUGAAAAUGAAACAAAAAGAGGAACUGGACAAUAUGGAAGUGAGUGAAAUGUUGAAGAAGGCCCGUAGAAAUCUGCAAAAGGAAAUUGAGAUGACGACAUCGAUUCAAAACAUCUUCCAGAAUCUCAUUAUUGGAAGUGAGGUCAAUUGGGCAGAAGAUCCAGCUUUGAAGGAAAUUGUUCUGCAACUGGAGAAAAAUGUGGCUAGAAUGUGAAGAAGAAGCAGAGCAGUACAUUUUCUAUGGUUUGCUGAUUCAGAGGAGAAGCAGUAGUCUGUCAAGCUAUUGUGACAAAGAGGUGUGUUUUCAUAAUCAUAACUGCAGUGGCGCUUAAUUAUAUUGAUGCACAGAUGGACUUGAAAACUUCCUGCUGUAAAAUAUGUUGCCUAACUUAAUGACUAGAUUUGUUUGCUCUACCUUGGAAGAACCAUUCCAGUUUUAUGGAAGGAGUUAUUAACGGAGAGUAUUGUAACUGCAACAUUCUUCCCAUCGCCUCCUCAAUUUCCAGAGAAAUUAUUGGCUGUUGCCUUGGAAUGAAGACAGAGCAACAGGUUUGCCUUUUAAAUCUUAUUUCCUGCUGGGAAGGCAGGAAUGCCUUUCCUUACAUUUUGACUUUCUUUACCACCUA